CCCUAGGUUGGAAGUAACUGGCUACUUUUCAUGUCCACAGUGGAAACACAACAUAAGACGUGGAUUUGACCUAACCGACCAACAACCCUAUCCACCGCAAUGAACACUAUCGGCAAGUGGAUCUUGGGAAUUUUUGGGUUGGUUGUCGUUGUCGUCUUGAUAGCUGUCCCCACUACCAUAUUUUUGAACGAGGAGAAGAUAGAAGCCCAGCGGACAUUUACUUUGGAGGACAACUUCAACAGUAGCAUCCGGGCAAGGUCCUACAACUUGCGCUGGAUCUCAGACAUAGAUUAUGUUCACAGAGGAAGUGAUGGCAAAGUCUACCAGCACAGUGCUGCAGCUGUAGGCAGUGGAGGAUUUGUGUUUCUGGAAAAAGACAUAUUUGAUCAAAAAGAAGCCUUUGAUUAUAUAAUUUCUGGGGAUCAUAAGUAUGUUGCCCUCAUGAGUAACUACUCCAAGCUAUGGAGACACUCCUACACAGCAUCCUACCACUUCUAUAACCUUACUUCAAAGAUUUUUGUCAGCCCAAGCCUUCAUGAAAUCCAGUAUCUGGCAUGGGCACCAACCGGCAAUGCACUGGCUUAUGUGUGGAAGAAUAACAUUUAUGUGAAGGCCAGCCCAACCGGUGAAGUCAAGCAGGUCACCAGUAAUGGAGAAGAUAAUCUGAUCCUCAAUGGAAUUCCAGAUUGGGUCUAUGAGGAGGAAAUGUUUUCCACAAACCGCGCCUUGUGGUGGUCCCCAAAUGGCAUGUAUGUGGCCUACGCUGAAUUCAAUGACACUGGCGUUCCCAUCAUAGAAUAUUCCUGGUACGGAAAAGGGCAGUACCCAGAGACUGUCAUGAUUCCCUAUCCCAAGCCAGGAGCUGAAAACCCAACAGUCCGCCUGUUUAUUGUUGAUGUGUCGAACACAUCAACAAAUAUUGAGGUCUUCGUCCCAGGCUCUGUUGGAGCAGAUGAUCACUACCUGAGCACUGUUACCUGGGUGUCAGACAUACGCAUAGCUGUCCAGUGGCAAAAGAGAGACCAGAGCCAUGUGCUUCUGCAAGUCUACAACCUUAAUGGAAACAGCUGGGUUAUGGGCACAAAACAUGAACAAAUUAUGCAAAAUGGUUGGGUUGGUCGGUUUUCACCAUCAGCACCCGUCUUUGCUGCAGAUGGGAACAGUUUUUACCUUAUAGAGAGCGAUGCCAAUCACUACAAGCAUAUCAAUCAUGUCAAGGGAAACAUCAACACAUUCAUCACAAAGGGAAAUUGGGAAGUCAUCAGUAUUUUGAAGGUCACUUCAAACACCAUAUUCUUUGUUGGGAACGAAGGACAUCCUGGGCAAAGAAAUGUUUACAAGAUCACAAUCUCAACCACACAUUCCAGUCCAGAAUGUCUGACAUGCAAUGUGAACCAGGAGAGGUGCAAGUACAACUCAGCCAGCAUCAGCUUAGGCGGCUCCUUCUAUCGCAUGGAUUGCUCUGGUCCUGGACUUCCUCUGUACACCCUCAGAAAUACCACUGGUGCAGAAAUCAAGGUUCUUGAAGACAACCAGCAGCUGGAUGACAUCCUGAAAGAUAUUGCCAUGCCCUCAGUUAUUCACGAUACCCUAAAGAUUGACAAAUAUGACUUAUGGUACCAGAUGACCUUACCUCCUGGUUUUGACAAGUCCAAGAAAUACCCCCUCCUCAUUGAUGUCUAUGCAGGGCCUUGUAGCCAGAAGUCAGACUUUCGCUUCAGGCUAGGCUGGACUACCUACUUGGCCAGCACGGAGAAGGUGAUUGUCGCCAGCUUUGACGGCAGAGGAAGUGGUUACCAAGGAGAUGAAAUAAUGCACCUCAUCUAUAAACGGCUUGGAACCUACGAGGUGGAGGAUCAGAUAACAGCAGCAAGACGAUUCAUAGAUCUUGGAUACAUUGACAAAGAGAGGAUCGCCAUAUGGGGCUGGUCUUAUGGUGGCUAUGUCACCUCCAUGGUUUUAGGUGCAGGAAGUGGCGUUUUCAAGUGUGGCAUAGCAGUUGCCCCUGUGUCCAAAUGGGAAUAUUACGAUUCAAUCUACACAGAGAGAUACAUGCAGCGGCCACAAGACAACCAGGCAUUCUAUGAUAAUUCAACUGUAACUGGCAGAGCAAAGAACUUUGCAUCUGUCCAGUACCUCCUGAUUCACGGAACAGCAGAUGACAAUGUGCAUUUCCAGCAAGCAGCCCAUAUCUCCAAAGCUCUGGUGGAUGAGCAGGUGGAUUUCGAAGCCAUGUGGUACACUGAUGAGGAUCAUGGCCUUGGAGGCACAGCCAAUCACCAUGUCUACACUCAUAUGAGCCAUUUCCUGAAGAGAUGUUUCGCUUGAGACAUGGCAUCUGCCUCCCUUUUGACAUAUGCUCUACCCACAAAUCAGGGAAUUCUAUCAUUUAUAUAGUCUCUCACUCGUAUUAAACUGCCUAAUAGCACUUUAAAUGUAAUUUCCAUAUUUCUUUAUUUGAGAGAUGUACUGUAGGUUGAUAGCUGUGUAUUGGUUGAUUUUUCUAAGAACGCUGUCUUAUGUGGAACAAAACAUUAUGCAGUUGCAAUGUUAUUCAUGUGGCCUGGAUGACCUACAAUAAAAUAACAUUUAAAGGAACCACGCCAUACACUUUUCAACUAAUUUGAACAUUUCCUGAGAUGCUUUUGUAAAGUCUGCAAGUCUUUUUAUUGAAAAAAUGCCUUGACUCAGUUUUCUCAUUAUGUUGUAGCACCUGAGCUUUUAUUUUGAUAUUAAAUUGAGACGGAUAUGUCUCCAAUCACA